UAUUUGGACAAUUACCUCACAGUGAAACUAGAUUAGCUGAUAUUUUAAUAAAUAACAACUAUGAACAGAAAGAAUUAUUUAAUAAUGAUAAUAAGUCAUAUGAUUAUUUGUCUAUUUUAGAUAAUUACUAUAAUCAGGAUAAGUUAUAUAAUCAAACUCAAUCAUUAUUAUAUAAUCAAACUGAAUCAUUAUUAUAUAAUCAAACUGAAUCAUUAUUAUAUAAUUGUAAUCCAAAUAAUUCUUUUGCAGAUAACUUCGAAUCUAAACUUAAUUUAGAAGAUCCUAUUAUAUCUAAUAAUAAUGAUUAUGAUUUAAAUGAUUGGAAUAAUAAUAAUUUAAUGAAUUCACUUGAUAAUAUAAUUAAUUCACAAGAAACUAUUAUAAUUAGUAAUAAUUCAGAAAGUCAAUCUUAUCAUCAUACAGCCCAAGAAAAAGAAAAAUA